AUGGAAACAAAGCUUAAACCUACCAGAGACUUUACUGACCUCAAAUAUGGAGAAGGUUUCGGAAACCAUUUCUGCACAGAAGCACUUCCUGGUGCUUUACCUAAGGGAUAGAACAGUCCUUAAUAGUGUCCUUACAACCUUGUUGCUGAAUAAUUCAGUGGCACUGCUUUUACUGUUCCUCGUGCUUCCAAUCAAAGAACUUGGCUUUACAAGAUCAAGCCUUCUGUCUGCCACACUCCCUUCAAGCCUUGCGACCCAACCAAAUACAAAUAUAUCAAAAAUAAUUUCCUCAAUGCUGAAGAAAUGCACACAACUCCUAAUCAAUUAAGAUGGAAGCCUCUCCCCUAUAAUAAAGCUGAACCUAAAGAUUGGGUUGAAUCACUUGUUACAGUAGCAGGUGCUGGAGAUCCUUAAAUUAAAUAAGGUAUUGCUAUCUACCUUUACUCUGCUAACAAGAAUAUGGGUAACACUGUCUUCUACAAUUCAGAUGGUGACUUUUUAGUUGUUCCCUAAGAAGGUACUCUUUUCAUUACUACUGAAUUAGGUAAAAUGACAGUUGGUCCUCGUGAAAUUUGCGUUCUUCCAAGAGGUCUUAAGUUCUCUAUUGAUCUAGAAUAAGAAUCUCGUGGAUACGUUUGUGAAGUCUUCAAGGGUCACUUUAAAAUUCCUGAUUUAGGUCCCAUCGGAGCUAAUGGUUUGGCUAAUCCUAGAGAUUUCUAAGCUCCUGUAGCUUGGUAUGAAAAUGUAGAAGCUGAUUUUACUUUACUCAACAAAUUCUAAGGUAAAAUGUUCUAAAGCACUACUAAAAGUUCUCCUUUCAAUGUAGUUGCUUGGCACGGUAACUAUGCUCCUUGCAAGUACAACUUAGAUAACUUUAACACAAUGAACACUGUUUCUUUUGAUCAUCCUGAUCCUUCUAUUUUUACAGUUCUUACUUGCCCUACUGAUGAACCUGGUGUUGCUGUUUGCGACUUCGCUAUCUUCCCUCCAAGAUGGAUGGUUGCUGAACAUACUUUCAGACCUCCCUACUAUCACAGAAAUAUUAUGAGUGAAUAUAUGGGUAAUAUACAAGGUGUCUAUGAUGCUAAAGAAGGUGGAUUUGGACCUGGAUGUGGUUCUCUUCAUAAUAUAAUGACUGCUCAUGGUCCUGAAACUGAUGUUUUCCACAAAGCUUCUAACUCUGAAUUAUCACCUGUUAAAUAUCCUUAUGAAAACCUUGCUUUUAUGUUUGAAAGUAGCUAUUUCAUUAACACUACAAAGUUUGUUAUGGACGAUGUCGUAAAUGUUGAUCACGACUACUUCUAAUGCUGGUAGAAACUUGAAGAUUUAAAACUUUAAACAAAUUGA